AUGGUGUUAUUCCAAAUGUUGAUAAAGCAUUUAACGUCAGAAUGUAUAAUUGGCGAACAAGAUUGCGCGGAAGAAAUUGACAUUGAUAAUUUAUUAGAAAAUUUGAUUGAUUUAGAAAAUUGUAAAUUAGAGUCCAAUAAGAAUAAUUGUUCAACUGUCCGUUGUUCAGAUGAAGAUGCUUUUAGACCUAAUUCACCAGAAAUUGACUUGGAUGACGAAGUUCGUGAUUCGGACCAUGUUCCAGUGGAAGAUGAUGCUCAAAGUGACGCUCAAAGUGAUAACCAAACGGAACCAGUAGAUAAAGGUAGCAGAAAACUAAAAGAAAGAAAAUGUACCAAAACGUGCGAUAAAAGAAAUCGUUGUCGUAACUUAACGGAUGAUGAUCGACAGAAAAUUUGUACUGGAUUAUGGGAAAAUAUGGACUGGAAAGAGAAGAAAAUUUUUGUGAAUAGUUUGGUAGAUAGAGAGAGUGUAAAGGAAAGAACUGUUGCCAAAGAUGAUGCAGAAUACAGACAAAAUGGUUCAAAUAAGUAUUUCUUGAAGAAAGAUAAUGAGAAAUUACAAGUCUGCAAAUCAUUGUUUCUGUCUGUUUCUGUCUAG